AGAAACACGGAAACGUCGCGCGCUGAACACAUACAAAUCCGGAGUCCGGACAAAUCAACGGGACCGGAGCAGCGGCCGAGCCGUUGCAAACGGGACUGACGAAAGAAAAACAAUAACAGAUCUGCACCGGGACUGUAUUCUUUCCUGUGACGUUUCUCGAUCUGGACUAUCCCAUCAUCCAUCACUCCCUUAUACUCUGAUUUUUCUCCAAAAAACUGCACCAGGACCAUGAUGAAGCUGCUCUUCACUCUCCUCUGUCUCUGCCUUUUAAAGAUGGGUGGCUUUUCUUCAUCUGUCAAUCAAGACGACGUCCAAUCAGAUGUGCAGUGUUACGACUGGGGUGUGCGGAGCGAGGGUUCGGUGCGGGUGUAUGAGGGCGAGGUGGUGCCGCUGUUAUGUCCUCUGUUUUCUCACCCGACGCUCUACCACUACAGUCAGAUUCAGAACAGCAGCCUGUCCCUGCUGUGGUACCAACACACACACACACAAGAGCUGGAGCAGCCCAUCAACCUCAAACUGCACACACUGCACAAAGAGAAAGAGUAUCUGUGGAUCCAGCCGGCCGCAGCGCAGGACGCAGGACUCUACAUCUGCAUGCUCCGUAAUCUUUCAUCAUGUGUAAAGAUCGGUGUGGAGCUGGAGGUUGUUCAUCGGGAAGGCCCCUGUGACCCCAAAGCUGAAGCUCAUCUGAACAUAACCAUCCCCAUCCAGAGCGACCGCAAGCUGCAAUGUCCCGACCUCAACACACUCACACUGCCCAACAGCACACACUCCGUCAUCUGGUACCACCGCUGCAAGUCAGGAUAUCUGCAUGGUGAUCGUGAGGUCAUUGGUGAUGAUCUGCAGAUCUACAGGAUGACUGAACCGUACAUCGGCCUCUACACGUGUGUCGUCUCCUACCUGAUGAACGGACGCACACUUAACUUCACACGCAACAUCAACGUCACCGGCGUCGUUCCUGACAUUGGCAGCAGAACCCCCAUCAUCCUCAAUCCGGCGAGCGAUCAGACCUACACCGUGACUCUCGGAGAUAAAGCCACUCUGUCCUGCCGUGUUGAACUGCCUUACGUGGAGCAGGAGAAAGAGGAGAUCUGGUGGAGCAUCGACAACAAAACUGUGGAGCAGCUUGCAGACACGCGAUUCAGCUCACCGGAUGCCAAGACAGAGAUGUCUUAUUAUGGUGAUAAGACGAUGGAGCGAUUGCUGUAUGUGAUGGAUUUUUCAGCUGAUGACCUGCAGAGGGAGUUUAACUGCUCUGCCAGAAACAGACACGGCUUCAACACCAGCAGAGCACGACUCAAAGCUGAACCAUAUGUGCCGACGCUAGAGCUGAGCUGUGGUUUAGGGGUGACGCUGGCACUCAUGUUGAUGAUGUUCGUCAUUUAUCACGUCUUCUGGCUGGAGCUCCUGCUGCUCUAUCGCUCCUGGUUCGGCUCUGAUGAGAGAUACACAGAUGAGAAGCAGUAUGACGUGUACAUCUCCUACGCUCGGAACAGUGAGGAGGAGCAGUUUGUGUUGUCCACACUGCGCCGCGUGCUGGAGACCGAGUUCGGCUACUCCGUCUGCAUCUUCGACCGCGACAGCCUUCCUGGAGGAACGCUGCUGGAGUCGGUGCUCGGGUGUAUGCAGGCUUGUCGGAGGCUGCUGGUGGUGCUGAGCUCAGACUGUCUGUGUGAGAAAAGCGUCAGUCUGCUGGAGUGCCGUCUGUGUUUGUAUCUCCAUCACACGUCCCGCGCUCCCAUCAUUACCGUCCGGCGUCGCACGCUCAGCGCCCCCUGCAGCGACAUCGCAGAACUGCGCAACAACUCCACCUCCAUCCGCUGGCACGACUCACGCUCCGAACACACGAACUCUCGCUUCUGGAAACUUCUGCGGCUCGCCUUGCCUUUGCGUCCUCUAUCGCUGGGAAAGAGGCUCAUUGACAGCACUUCGUCACAUUCGGAUUUGGCGGCGAUGGCUACGAAGUUCACGCAAGCGCAGACGGUCAAUCGACGCAGUAAAAAUUUGCAAUCGGAGCGAGUCGUAAUGAAGCAUCUGGGCAUGCGUGACAGAAAUGGGCGUGGCUGUGAGCAAAAGGGGCGUGUCUGCGCAAUCUGUGUCAGUUUUCAAGAAAGUCAUCGAAUUUGGGGCGGAGUCUUGGCUGCUCAGUGGAACACUCAUUUGCAUCAGCCUGUAUUAGCCAAUGGGACGACGCCUCAUGGUGACCAUGGAAAUGAGCUCUGCCCCUGUGAACCAAUGGAAAACAACCUGCAAACCACACACUGUUGACAAGCACACGCUGCUGGACACACCAAUCAGUGAAUGUUCCCAAUGACACGUGUAAUUAUACUUCAUUUAUAAAUUCAAUAAACAAUA